AUGGAGAGGAUUGAGAAGUUUCUUGAGAGAAGGCCUGUGAAGAACCGGCGCAAGGUCAAAUCCCAAGGGAAGGAGUUUGUGAUCACAAAGGAGGACGUGAAGCUCAUAAGAAGCUACAGGAGGAAUGCCUGCAUGGACCCUGAUGUCGAUCUAUACAGGCCGUUGAAUCUCAGCUUUAGCAGAAAGACGAUGAAUGAAGGAAUAGAGAUAAGAAAGAGGGUGGCUCCGCCAAGGACUGCCGAAAGAUCCCGGAGGAAGAGAUGGAGUGCCAGGAAAGAGACUGCCAAGGAGGAAAACAAGAACGAAAUUGGUGAUGUAUGGGAAGGAGAAGGCCUCGACGAUCUGAACAGCUAUGAGCAGGACAUGCUUGUGAAGGUGGAGGAGGAAUACUCUGGCCCUGUGGAGCUGCUGAGAUACGGGAGGGAGGAUCUCGAAAGAAGUAUGAGAAGGAUGUAUCUAAGGCUCUACGAGCCCCGAGACGGAAAGGACUACAGGCUGAAAGAUCUGAUCAGAGAGCUACCCAAGGCAGAAACAUUGAGGCCGUUUCCAGAGGAGAUUGGGCUACUCUUUAAGUUUGAAGAGUCCAUCCGAGUCGGCAUUAGCCAGGACUUCAGGAUUGCCGGGGUGGGUGAAGGAAGGAAGAUGGGGGUUUAUGAGCUCCGAGGUUUUGUGAAGCUUAGGCAUGUUCUUUUUGAUUCGGAGAUUCGGAAGAUCAUGUUUACAAGGGGUGGGUCGAUAUGCGUGUUGCUAGCCAGCAAUGCCGUGUGUGUUGUGGAUGAUGUCUUUGGAGAAGAGUAUCCAGCCCAGGAGCCUUUCUUCCGGCGGGAAUUCCCGAUGUGGAGCAGAGAGGAUCUGGAUCAGGGAUCUAGGAGCUGCGUGUGUACUGUGAUAAAGGCCGACAAAAAGAUGAACGACAUGGAAGCUCAUCGCGAUGGAAGAUACAUCAGCGUGGUCUGCGGGAAGAGGAUUGUGGUUUACGAUCUUAAGAAAAGAAGUGUCUUGGAGGCCUUGAGACUUAAAGGAACAACGCCUCUGAGAGCAAAGUUCCAGGGGUCUUCACACACGAUGGUCAUCUCCACAGCAAACUCUCUAAUUAUCUAUGACUUUUCCUCCAGAAGGGUGGUGAAAGAGGCCAAGGAGUUUUCGUUCAUCCUCGACUUCUUUAGCAUCUCGGACGACAAGAUUGUACUGCUCAAUAACCUGAACAAGAUAAUAGUGUAUGAUUGCUCAAGAAACGUUGUGCAGAGAACAAUGCUUCAGGAGGACGUAGGGACAGAGGUGGUUCAGCAUGGGAGACUCAACCUUAUGUGUGUUGCAUAUCCCACGGAAAUGGUUAUCUUCUACAACAAUGUAGACACUGACCUAGUUGUCCCUGUCAAGAGAAUUCCCGGGAGAUACAGAAACAUCCUGUUCCACCCGCAGCUUCCCUGGCUAUAUGCAGCAAACGGGAGUGAGCUGCGUGUGUUUACAUGA